AUGCUGGUCGAAGACAUUCCAAGAUGGGUCAUCUUCACGGCUAUCUCAUCACUACUGUGUGUUGCAGGUAGUUUUUGUGUACCAGUUGUAUCGCUUUUUUUCCGCAAAAACUCCGGAGUCAACUCAAGGUUACUGAACUACGGUCUAUCGUUAAGCGCGGGAUCGAUGAUGACAACCAGUCUUAAUAAAAUGCUUCCCAAGGCCGAAAAGUCAGAGCGUUUGACGGUGUUCUUGGGGUUUGUAUUUGGAGUAAUGGCGAGUUUUCUGCUGAACUUCAUCGUACAUGCCUACACGAGUGAAAGUCUAGUUCACUGUAGUCAUGGAUCAGAGGGCGACACGAAAUCUCAUGAUUCGAGCUCCCACCACCACAGUCACACAAAUAACGAACCAGAUUUAAAUCAGGUCCAACAUUCGAACCAUCAACACCAUCACCAACAUGGCGGUGAAAAUGGUGUGCCCUCAGAGCGCCAACACGAACACGAACACGAACACGAACAUGGAAACGAUCAUGAACACGAACACGAACCGCUUCUAGCAGCAAGGCCUCCACUCAAAUCUGGACACGCACCACCGCUACGAUCGAAGCGUUCAUUCAUUGACUUUCUGUCUCGACACACAAAAAAUGCAGGGAACUGUUAUGGUUCCAACUAUUGUACACCCAAAAACGGUCGGUCUGGAAGCUACAGCAACCCAGAGGAUGUUGCCGUAACGUGUCCGUCAGGAGCCUCGAAAAAAGUCUGCCCGGAAAAUGACAUCGGAUACGAUCUAGAGAACCUCUCGGUGUAUCGUGCCAAUUUCUUAAAGAGUGAGAUCCCUCAUGAACAUAUGCACGCUCAUGGGUCAAUUGAAUCUUCAGCGUCCUCUCCGGAAACUCUUGAUAGCGGCGAACACCAUCACCACCAUGUUGCAACUCCAUUCUCCAAGCUGAUGUCCAUCGGAAUUCAAACCUGUUUGGUGAUCACAUUGCAUAAAUUUCCUGAGGGAUUCGUUGUUUUCUUCACCAACAAAAACGACUCAGACUCUAGGUCUUUCGGACUCUCCAUAUUUCUCAGUCUCGCAAUCCACAACUUUAUAGAGGGCUUUGCGAUGACUUUACCACUUUACGCCGCUUUCAGGAAUAAGGCAUUUGCUGUUUUGACCGCCAGUGCAUUAGGAGGAGGCUCUCAACCUCUCGGUGCUAUUAUUGGCUAUUUGAUUUUCAAAAGAACUGGAGCCCAAGAACUGAACAUGAGUCUUCUUCUGAGCGUCACUUCCGGAUUCUUGUUCGUGAUAGCGAUUCAGAUGUUUCAAACCGCGAUUAGUUUUAGCGAUUCUCACCAUCACCAUGAUAGCGGCGAAGAAGACGAGCAGGAAGAGCCUCACACAUUAGCCACAGUAUGUUUGAGAUGGUGCUGUCUGGGAGCUUUCCUAGUCCUAUCAACGGGGCUUUUCUCGUAA